AUGCAGUAUGUGCCAUCUGAUCUGUCGGGUCAAAAGAAAGCCUUGUUGAUUGGCAUCAACUAUUUCGGCACAGACGGCGAGCUCAACGGAUGCAUCAAUGAUGUGCACAACAUGGCGGAAUUCCUCAUUGAACGUUAUGGCUUUUCGGCUGACCAGAUGGUCGUUUUGACGGACGACCAGACCAACGAGAAGGGUCAGCCAACGCGUGAAAACAUCCUGACUGCAAUGCGAUGGCUGGUGGGUGGUGCCAAGCCGGGUGAUGACCUGUUCCUCUCCUAUUCUGGCCACGGCGGAAGUCAAGAGGAUGAAGAUGGCGAUGAGGAUGAUGGCAACGACGAGACCAUGUGUCCUGUGGAUUACCAGGAGAAUGGUCAAAUUGUCGAUGACGAGAUCCACAGUAUCUGUGUCAGGCCCUUGCCUGCAGGCUGUCGCUUGACUGCUCUCUUUGAUUGUUGCCACUCUGGCAGUAUCAUGGACUUGCCAUACCUCUACUCCCCCAAGGGUGUCAUCUCCGAGCCAAAUUUCAUGAAGAAUGCCGGCGAAGAUUUGAUCAAGCUCGGUCAGCAGCUCAAGAAGGGCAAUACGGAAGGUGCCGAUACGCAGAAAUUGCUUGCUGCCAUCUCGCAAGCCAAUGGUCAAGGCGACGCCGUCAAGGCUUCCAAAACGUCAGCUGCAGAUGUCAUCUGCUUUACGGGAUGCAAGGACGAUCAAACCUCAGCAGAUGCAACGAUCUGUGAUCAGGCACAAGGCGCAUUGACGUAUGCGUUCAAAAAUGCCUUGCUCAAGGAACCCAACCAGUCCUUCCUGGAGCUCCUCAACAAUCUGCGUCGCGAGAUGAAGGAGGGCGAGUUUACGCAGAUUCCACAAAUGUCGGCGUGUCACCCAAUCAAUAUGAAUGUCGCCUUUACCAUGUAG